AUGAAUUUUAAUAACGAAGAUUUCGAUCCGUUGAAUGCUCAUGGUGGAAUUUUUCGGUCGUUUAAAUGGACACGGGAAGAGCUAAAGCAAAUCAGUUUGCAUCAUGCUGUCGCUGAAUAUGAUAAGCUUAUUAAUCUUAUGAAAGCAAAGCUUCAGCAGUCAAAAGAAAUUCCAACUAGUGGCAGAUUGAAAAUUGAAAAAUUUCUUGCUCAAAAUGAACCGCCACCAGCUGUUAUUCGCUUAUUAGAUCCAUAUGACAAAAGCAGUGUACGUGGAUUGUUCCUAUCACUUCUCAGCAUCGAUGCUGUGGUUCUACCCUUAAUUGUUGCAAAUCUAUUUUCCGAGAAUUCGGGUGGUGCUGGUGGCCCACCCGCAAUCAAGGCAUUGCACGAAAUUGGUGAAAUUGGUCGCGCAAUGGACUUUGUAUUGCAUAGGCUUCGGAUGCUUUCGCCUGAAGAGCAAUCUAUUGUACUUAAAUAUUUCACACUUAAAUAA